AUGAGGGGUGAGAAUGUCACCAAGGUGAGCGCCUUCAUUCUGCUGGGCUUCCCCACAGCACCAGGGCUGCAGUAUGUGCUCUUCCUCGUCUUCCUGCUUAUGUACCUCUUCGUCCUGGUGGAGAACUUGACCAUCAUCUUCACUGUUUGGAGCAGCAGCCCCCUCCACAGGCCCAUGUACUACUUUCUGAGUGCCUUGUCAUCCUUGGAGAUCUGGUAUGUGUCCAACAUCAUCCCCAAGAUGCUGGACGGCUUCCUCCUUCAGAGGAAACGCAUCUCCUUCGUGGGGUGCAUGACUCAGCUCUACUUCUUCAUUUCUCUGGUGUGCACGGAGUGUGUGCUCCUUGCCUCCAUGGCCUAUGACCGCUAUGUGGCCAUCUGCCACCCCCUGCGAUACCAUGUCAUCAUGACCACAGGACUCUGUGUCCAGUUGGUGGGCUUCUCCUUUGCAAGUGCCUUCACUGUUUCCAUAAUCAAAGUCUGCUUUAUCUCUCGUGCUACGUUCUGUGGCUCUAACGUCUUGAACCACUUUUUCUGUGACAUUUCCCCCAUCCUCAAACUGGCCUGCACGGACUUCUCCACUGCAGAGCUGGUGGACUUCAUCCUGGCCUUCGUCAUCCUGGUGUUCCCCCUGGUGGCCACUGUGCUGUCCUACGGACGCAUUACCCUGGCUGUGCUGCGCAUCCCUUCAGGCACUGGUCGCUGGAGGGCCUUCUCUACCUGUGCCUCCCACCUCACCGUGGUCACCAUGUUCUAUGUGGCCAUGAUCUUCAUCUAUGUCCGACCUCAGGCCAUUGACACUCGGAGCUCCAACAAGCUCAUCUCUGCUGUUUACACUGUUCUCACUCCAAUAAUGAAUCCCCUGAUCUACUGUUUGAGGAACACAGAGUUUAAGGACGCCUUGAAGAAGGCUUUAGGCUUUGGCCACAGUCUACCAUAG